UGUUUGUCAUUAAUCCAGAAGACAAUGCCAGCAGUACAUUAACUUGAGUUGUCCAGUUCUCGUGUUAGGUUCAUUCUGAGACAGCCCAACCCUAAAACGAUUUCAGUACUCCCAAAAUAACCCUAACGACCCCAAGCUCAACCCGUAUUCUCUGCUUCAGUCUCUAAAAUAUCUACAGUAUACCCGUACCCAAACCCUACCACUUUCAGGUAUCACCUUAUAGCCAAAUUUCUCCCAAUUUCAACGGCUACUGAGUUAAAGAUUUGGGUAGGAAAUGGAUAUCGAAGUUGAUCAUUAUGCUGUUUUGGAUUUACCCUCGGGAGAGGAAGGAGCCAAACUUUCUGAGAAAGACAUAUCUAAAGCCUAUAAGAAGAAGGCAUUAGAGUUGCAUCCAGACAAGAGGCCUGAUGACCCAAAUGCUCACUUGAACUUUCAAAAGCUGAAGACUUCAUACGAGGUUCUCAAGGAUGAGAAAGCUAGGAAGUUAUUUGAUGAUCUACUUCGUGUGAAACGUGAGAAGAUCCAACGCCAAUCACAACAAGAUUCAAAGCGUAGAAAGAUGAUGUCAGAUCUUGAUGCAAGAGAACGUGCUGCUUUUGCACCUGAUGCCAGCGCUCUAGCUCGACAAGAGGAGGAGCAAAUUGCUAGAAAGCUUAAAGAGGAAAUUGCUCGAAUUCGUGCAAUGCAUUCAAAGAAGGUGCCUACUGCUACAGAUCCUUCACAGAAAGAGACACAUGCAAGGGCAAAGGCGAGUACAGAAGGCAAGGGGAGUAGUGUGGACAAGGAAAAGGUGCUUAAGGUAUCUUGGGAGAAGAUUGGUGAAGAUUAUACUGCCCAAAGAUUGAGAGAGUUAUUUAGUGAGUUUGGUGAGGUUGAAGAUGUAGUAAUCAAGAGUUCUAAGAAGAAAGGCUCCGCUCUUGUUGUCAUGUCUUCCAAGGACGCAGCUAAAGCUGUUUGUGGAAAUGUCUUGGGGGAUCUAUCAAAUCCUCUCUUAAUUGUGCCUCUUCAGCCAACAGUUCAACCCACAAUGCCAUCUCCAUUUUUUAACGCUGAGAAAGAUAGAGAACCUGAGGGCCCAAGUUUGAGUAAUCUUGUAGGUGCUGGAUACCAGAAAUUUGAAGACUCAGUAUUAGAAAAAAUGAGAAAGGCUGCUCAAAGGAAGAAAUAGCAUGCUGAAACUUCAUCAAGUUCAAGUGCUGACAUGUUAAGAUUUCUAGGUUGCCUCAGUUAAAGAAGAGGUUUGUUGUCUGACAUGUAUUUCGUUGAGAAUGUACAGUGAGAUUCUCGUAUUGCUGUUACAGGAUUGGGUAGAGGAGACAUUUCCCUUCACGUAGUCCAAUGCGUGGUAUAUUGUGUACGUGGUGUCUGCAGUAGAAUCACAUAAGUUCGGCGAUGGAUUCAUCACAUAUUUUUUCGGAAAAGUUGCAAUAUAUGCCAAGACGAUGGAUGAGAGGCUAAAUUGAGGCAGUGUUGACUGUACUGUAUAUUAAUAUCAUUUGUGGAUGUCUGCUAUUUAGAUCAUUGCCACCUUUUUUUUCAGUUCGAUGAGAAAGAUUUCUUGAUCUUAACUGAAGUCGGGCAUGGCGACUACCGGAUUAAUGGUCUUCCAUAGAGCUUCUCGUUGCUGUUAUUCAUCUUUUCGUAGCAUAAAAGCUUAAUCUGCUUAAUUGUAAGCACCAUUUUUUAUUUAACUUACAGAAACUAGUAAGAAUGCCACACGUCCCUCAGUUGAAACUUUUUGAGUUCAACUUGUAUAAAGGCCAAAUACAUGCACAUACCAUUAAAUUUGGCCCAAUUUUUCAUUUUGGUACUUUUAA